UUAAAUCCUCCAGUUGCCUUCCCUAUAUUUAGACCACCUUUGGAGGCUGUUCAACGAUAUAAAACUUCUGCAGAACAUGCAAUUACAAAGACAGCAUUCUUCUAAAAAUUUAAACGAUACACAAAUAGAAAUUGAAGAAAUUUCAACAAAUUUAAGUAAUGAUAAUAAUACUUUUGUUGAGCCUUCACUUGAAGGAUUAUUGGGGGAUGUAGAGGAAGAAGCAAAUGAGGAAUUUGUAGAAGGAAAAAUAAAUAAAAAUAAUAAAACAAUUAUUGAAGAACAAAAACAAAAUAAUACUUUAGAGAAUUUGGGGGGAAAUUUUGGAAAAUUAAAAAAUGAGACAAAAUUGAGGCAUUUAAACAAUUCAAUUAAUGCCACAAAAAUAAUAAAUACACCUCAAUUUCCUGUAUUUACUGGUUUGGGGAUGGAAAUUAUUGAUGUUUCACCUUCAAAUGAUGCCGAAAAACAAAAUAAAUUUAAAGAAGAAAUACCUCCUCCCCUUACUUCUCCCCCUCAACAACAACAACUUCAAUUUAGUAAUCACCACAAAUUACAUUAUUAUUUAAAUAAAAACAAUACAAAAUUAAAUAAAAAAUAUCAUCCAUUAAAAAUAAAUAAAGAACAACAAGAAUUACCAACAACAACAAUUCCUUUUAUUCAAUUAUUACCUACAACCCCCAAACAUUUUGAAGAAAAUCCUUUUUUUGUAAACCAGAAUUUAUCAGAACAAAAAUUAAAUAAAACAAACAAUAAUCAAUUAAAUAUUUCUGAAAAUGUUGGGGAGGAUUUGGAAGGAAUUAAUUUAAUUAAUGGAACUACUGAAUGGAAUAAUAAAAAUGAAAAUAAAAAUGCCAAGGAUAUCAAUAACCAAACAAUAACUGAUGAAAAUAAAAACAUUAUUACCUCAAAUACAACAAUUACUUCAAUUACCUCAAGUGAAGUUAAAUUACCUGAAAAAGACUUCUUUACUUCUUCUCCUUCACUAACAACAACAAAAAUUUUAAUUGAAGAUUUUGGAAGGCCUAAUAUACGUGAUGAAUUAGAUAAUGGAUUUGAAAGGGUUACAAUGCAUUUAGUUGAUAUUCCUUCGACUACAACUGAAUUAGUUAAUAAUGGGUCGAUUAUUGUUGAAGAAAAGCCUUCCCAACACCACCAACAAACUUCAACACAAAAUAUAUUAACAUUUAAUGGAAUACCUUUUAAUCUUCCCUCAACAAAACCCCCAUCACCAUCUAAAACAAUAGAACAAUUAAAUACUAAUUUAUUUACAACAACAAUUAUGCCCUCAAAUACUUUAAAUUCCCCACCCACACCCCCACAAUCUUCUAAUGAUAAAAAUGAAGUAUUAAUAGAACAACAACAUUCCCAUGUCGAAUUUCCUCAAAUAAAUAAUAAUUUGGGGGAAGGAGAUGAAUUAAAUAAUCAAGGAAAUGAAAAAGACAAAAAUGAAAAUUCUAAAAUAAAUGGAAAUAUUGAAAGAGAAAUGGAAAAUAAAGAAAAUUUCGUUCAAGAAGAAAAUUUAAAUAAAAAUGGGGAUAUUGGUGAGUCAAUGAAAAGAACAUCAAAAUUUUCAACUUCAACAAAUUCAUCAGACAAUCUUAGAAUAUUUGUUUUAUUGGGAAUUAUUACAAUUUUGCUUGUCACAAUUGCACUUGCAAGUAUUUUUUCUGCUCGUUAUGUAAAGAGAAGUAGACAAUUACAUGGAAAAUAUCAACCAGCUGCCUACGAAAUGCAAACACAACAACAACAACAAAAUCGUUAUCAAACAACAGAUUUUGUAAAUACACAAAUAUAUAGACAACCAGCUAUUAACAACAAUUUUAGUUCCCCUUCUAAUUCUCCUUCAAUACAACAACAAAUAACUGCUACUUUUGGAAAAGAAGAAAGGCUUAUUUAAAUUAUUUUUAUUUUUAAUUAAAUUAAAAUGAUUCGAAAUUGUCUCUUUUUCUCUUUUGUUAGAAAAGAGAAGAGAGAGAGAAAGUGAUUGUUUAUUUAAACCCCGUGUUGCCUCCAUUUUACUUACAAGCAUUUUCACUUUUUUAUUUUUAAUUCUAAUAUACAAC